GGCCGGCGGCACGGAGCCGAGACGGCGGCCCCCGGGGCGAGGAGGAGCGGGUCGGGACCCCGCUCGGUGCCCGCGCCUGGGCCGGGCUCGGGGCUGACCGACAGCAGCUCGGAGGUGUCGGACUGCAGCGGCUCGGAGGAGGCGAAGCUGCUGUCGCUGGAGCUGGGGCUGAGCGGCAGCGAUGGCGAGUCCCCGGGCAGCGCCCCGCCGCCGCCGCCCUCGGCCGGAGAGGCGUCGCCGCUGCCCGAGGAGCCCUCGGCCGCCUCCGUGGCCAGCAGCCGCCUGCAGCUCAGCACCUCGCUCGCCUUCUCCGACCUCACCGAGGAGCUGCUGGACGCCGGCACCGACGGGCUGCUCCGCGAGCUGGAGGACUUGCGCUCCGAGAACGACUAUCUCAAGGACGAGAUCGAGGAGCUGCGCGCCGAGAUGCUGGAGAUGCGGGAUGUCUACAUGGAGGAGGACGUGUACCAGCUGCAGGAGCUGAGGCAGCAGCUGGACCAGGCCAGCAAGACGUGCCGCAUCCUGCAGUACCGGCUGCGCAAGGCCGAGCGCCGCAGCCUGCGCGUGGCACAGACCGGCCAGGUGGACGGCGAGCUCAUCCACAGCCUCGAGCAGGACGUCAAGGUGGCCAAGGACGUCUCUGUGCGGCUCCACAAUGAGCUGGAGGUGGUGGAAAAGAAGAGGAUCAGGCUGGAGGAGGAGAACGAGGAGCUGCGCCAGCGGCUCAUCGAGACCGAGCUGGCCAAGCAGGUGGUGCAGAACGAGAUGGACAAGCUCAGAGAGAACUCCCUGAAGAAGCGGGGGUCUCGCUCCUUGGGCAAGACUGAGAAGAAGCCAUCAGUGCAGGAGGACAGCGCAGACCUGAAGUGCCAGCUGCAUUUUGCCAAGGAGGAGUCAGCCCUGAUGUGCAAGAAGCUGACCAAGCUGGCCAAGGAGAACGACGGCAUGAAGGAGGAGCUGCUGAAGUACAGGUCCCUGUAUGGGGACCUCGACAGCUCCCUCUCCGUGGAGGAGCUGGCUGACUCUCCCCACUCCCGGGAGGCCGAGCUGAAGGUCCACCUCAAGCUGGUGGAGGAGGAAGCCAACAUCCUCAGCCGGAGGAUAGUGGAGCUGGAGGUGGAAAACCGCGGGCUGCGGGCGGAGAUGGAUGACAUGAAGGGCCAGGGGGACAGGGAGCUGCCGGGGCAGGACGCGCGGUUCCUGGUGGGCGUCUCCGGCUGCGGGGACGCAGGGGACACGGUGGCCGAGCUGCGGCGGCACUUGCAGUUCGUGGAGGAGGAGGCCGAGCUGCUGAGGCGCUCGCUGCUGGAGCUGGAGGACCAGAACAAGCUGCUCCUGAACGAGCUGACCAAGUACAAGUCGGACCACGAGCUGGACGUGACGCUGUCGGAGGACAGCUGCUCGGUGGUCAGCGAGCCCUCGCAGGAGGAGCUGGCCACAGCCAAGGUGCAGAUCAGUGAGCUCAGUGGCAAGGUGAAGAAGCUGCAGUACGAGAACAGGGUGCUGCUCUCCAACCUGCAGCGCUGUGACCUGGCCUCCUGCCAGAGCACCCGGCCCAUGCUGGAGACCGACGCCGAGGCCGGCGACUCGGCACAGUGCGUCCCCACCGCCGGCUGGAGGGACGGCGCGGGCGGCAGCGAGGCCGACGAGCAGGACAGGGGGCUGGGCACUGGGAAGGUGCCCGAUGGCCCUGCCAAACUGCUCAAGCCCAAGGACCUGGAGACCUUGCUGGGCAUCCGGGACCAGGCGACGCUGGUCAGUAAAGCGAUCGAUGUCUUGAUUUCGGAUGCCAACGGCUUCACCUCGGGGCUGAAGGCUUGCUUGGACAACGAGUGUGCGGGGGUGCUGCUGGGCGAGGCAGUGGGCAGCGGUGGUGACAGCCCCAGCGAUGCCAAGCUGAUGAAUGUGCUGCUGAUGAGGCUGGGCGUGCUCCAGCAGGACCUGGGCUGCUUCGUGAGGAAGGUGGACCACCUCACCGGUGGCUUCAAGGAGCACACGGACUCGUUCUCCUUCUCCAGCCCCAGCAGCCAUGAUGUCACCAAAGAGCACGCCUCUGACUUCCAGCAGCCUGAUUUUAGGGACGCCGACCCUUUCCGCAUCCCCCACGCCAAGGACACGGACCCCGCCCAUGCCCGGAGCUACAAACCCUGCCGGGCUGAGGAGAACGACUCCUAUGCCACCGAGAUGAAGGAGCUGCAGCUGGUGCUGUCUGAGGCCAACGAGAGCCUGCGGGGGCUGCAGGAGCAGCUCUCACAGGAGAGGCAGCUGAGGAAGGAUGAGGUGGACAACUUCUCACAGAAGAUCUGCCAGCUGAAGGAGGACCACCAGAAAGCACUGCUGCGACGGGAGUUUGAGCUGCAGAGCCUCAACCUGCAGAGGCGGCUGGAGCAGAAGUUCUGGAGCCAGGAAAAGAACCUGCUGGUGCAGGAGUCACAGCAGUUCAGGCAGAGCUUCCUCCUGCUCUUCAUGAAGCUCAAGUGGUUCCUCAAGCGCUGGCGCCAGGGCAAGAUGGUGCACAGUGAGGGCGAGGACUUUUUGGAGGUGAACAGCAUGAAGGAGCUGUACCUGCUGCUGGAAGAGGAGGAGCUAUCCCCGCAGCAACAGGCAGACAACAAGAUGUGUGCUGGGGACACCUGGACCCCCAACACGCCCAACGAGUGCAUCAAGACUCUGGCAGACAUGAAGGUGACCCUGAAGGAGCUGUGCACGGAGCUGCGGGAGGAGCGGCGCGGUGCCAGCGAGCUGCAGCAGCAGUUCACCAAGGCCAAGGCUGCCUGGGAGAUGGAGCGUGCUGAGCUCAAGUGCCACAUCGCCCAGCUGGAGUCAAAGGCAGGCAAAGGGAUUGCAGAGCGUGCACUGCCAGACUGGAAGGUGGCACUGAAGAGGGAGCGUGAGGAGCACCAGCAUCUCCUGGCCGAGUCCUACAGCGCUGUCAUGGACCUCACCAAGCAGCUGCAGAUCAGCGAGAAGAACUGGAACCAGGAGAAGGUGGAGCUGCUGGCUCGCUUCAAGGAGGAGCAGCAGCAGGCAGAGCAGCAAGCAAAGGACCUGCAGAACAAACUCAACCAGUUGCAGAAAGGAUCCAAUCCAUGGGCAUUGAAGCACUCUGAAAUGGAGAAGCACGGCAGCAACUGGAAAGAGGCUCUCAAUGAGAAAAUCACAGACAAGGAGACAAUCUCUGAAGCAGAAGCCAAGGGAACCAACCUCAAAAGGACCAAGUCUGUUUCCUCCAUGUCAGAGUUUGAAAGCUUGCUCGACUGUUCUCCCUACCUCUCUGGAAAGACCGUGCCAGGGCUGGGUGACCAUGCCCGGUGCAAAAAGUCAUCCUCAACCACCCAGAUGCUGCCCAACGGGAUCCGGGACAGCACCAGCCUCCCUCCCUCCAACUGUACAUAUGUGAAUAUCGAACAACCUGCCCCUGACAGCCUGGCCAAGGAGAAGCUGGGCAUCUCCUCCUGGGACUACUCAAGGGCAAACAGCCUCUCCGGGCACUACCCAGCUCAGAAACAAAUCCAGAGGAGCUACACGGCACCCGACAAGACAGGGAUCCGCAUCUACUACAGCCCGCCGGUGGUGCGGCGGCUGGAGGCGCCUCUGGUGCACAACAAGGAGGGCAAGAUCAUGAUCGAGCCUGGAUUCUUGUUCACCAUGGCCAAGCCCAAGGAGCCAGAGGAGUCGGCCAGCGCCGAGGGCACCUACAGCCAAUGGCUGUGCAACUUCUCCAAGCAGCAGCAGGAGCUGCUGGACGGCGGCGCCGGGGAGAGCGCGGUGCCGCCGGUGCCGCGCUUCCCCCCCUCGCUGCACGACCUGGAGAUCUCCGGCAACAUGAGCGAUGACAUGAAGGAGAUCACCAACUGCGUGCGCCAGGCCAUCCGCUCCAGCUCGCUCGAGAGGAAGGUGAAAAGCACCUCCAGCCAGACAGUGGGGCUGGCCCACGUGGGCACACAGACCAUCCAGACGGUGAGCGUGGGCCUCCAGACCGACCUGCCUCGUGGUGCUGGCAUGCACGGCAAGAGCUGGUCCCCGCGCAGCUCCUCCCUCGUGUCCGUGCGCAGCAAGCAGAUCUCCUCCUCCCUGGAUAAGGUCCACUCCAGGAUCGAGCGGCCAUGCUGCUCCCCAAAAUACGGCUCUCCAAAGCUCCAGAGGAGGUCUUCCUCCAAGCUGGAUGCCUCCAAGGACAGGAGCCUGUGGAACUUGCACCAGAGCAAGCAGAACGGCUCUGCCUGGGCCCGCUCCACCACCACCCGCGACAGCCCCGUCCUCAGCAACAUCAACGAUGGCCUGUCCAGCCUAUUCAGCGUGGUGGAGCACGCGGGCAGCACCGAGUCCAUCUGGAAGCCGGGCUGCCCUGAGAGCAGCCGGGCCAAGCCCGAAGCACCCAAGUACGGCCUCGUGCAGGAGUUCUUCAGGAACGUCUGCGGGCGGGCGCAGAGCCCCACUGCCCCCCAGGAGAAGAAGGAGGCCACUGGGGAGGAGAGCAAGAGAGCCGAGCACCCCAGCCCCGCCACCCACCACGAAAACAUGUCCCGUGUCUUGAACAAGAAGGUCCUCAAGCAGGGCAGCUGCGAGGACCCCAAGCCCUCGUCCCCUGGCCAGGGCAGUAAGGACGCAGCCCUGCGGGACCCCGACCUCAUCUCGGCUAUAGCCAGCGAGGACACGGCGUGUGACUGCAGCUCCCAGUCCCUCACCUCCUGCUUUGCCCGGCCGUCCCGCUCCGCGGUCCGCCACUCCCCCUCCAAGUGCAAACUGCACCCCGCGGACCCCCCCAGGGCGGAGGAGAAGCCGGGGGCCUCGAGUGAGUGAGGACGGGGGGCCGGGGGACGCAGAGUGCCUGCCAUCCACUGUCCUGCCGGAAGAGCGCCCGCGCUGAGCCCGCGGGGGCCCCUCUCGGAGGCGGCGCGGGCUCAUCUGUCUCCUAAACGUCCCCUCGGCCCCGGGGACGCUUACGAAGCAGAUGCGGAGCCGGAGGCUGCCGGUAGCCCCGGGGUGCGCCGACACCCUGGCAGGGUGGCUGCAUCACCUCCUGCCUGCGCAGAGACGGCACCGGGGGGUCCUGGCGGUGCCACCGCGCCGGGAGUGUCAGCUGAGAGCCUGCUGAGCCGAGGGCUGAGAAAGAGAGAGCAGCCAGGGAAGGCUGCUGGUGUCGAUAGGGAGGGCUGGGCCGUAGUAGGGAAGCACCGGCCGAGGGGUGAUGCUGCACCCACCCCGCGGAUGGAGGGUGCGGGCUCCGGCUGCUGCCGGCGCUGCCUGGGCUCCAGCAUCCUGCCCGCAUCCCGGGCCGAUUGCCCGAUUGCCGCGCGGUUGCAUCAGCCGCGGGCUGAGUGUGCUUCCCCGGCAGGAAGGAGGAGGGAGGCUCCCUGUGGUCACCCGGGCUGGGCUGGCUGGGGGCCCUCCUCGGCCACCCUUCUGCUCUUGGGGUGCUGCUGAGGCCCUUGGCUGCUGGGAGGGGUCCGGGUGGUCCCCGGGCUCCUCCAGCUGCAAAGCUGGGGUCGCUGGGUGCACAGUGUGGGGAGAGGUGGCCUGUGCCUCUGUGUGUGUGUGUGCACAUCCCCUGCUCCCAAGGGGUUGUGGUGCCCCUGCCUUGCACCCACCUCCCUGCUUGGGGCCACUUGUAGUUAUUUCUUCUCCAAGUGCUGAAUAUACAUAUUUCUCUUUUUCUUUUUUUUUUUUCUUUUCCUCUUUUUUUUUUUUUUUUUUUGUUUUGUUUUGUUUUGUUUCUCCACUUCUGGCCCUGCCCAACUCCGGACAGCCUGCAAUGUAAAACCAAGUGCAUUUUAAAAAUACCGAAAUGAGCUACUUUGGAGAGGCACCAAUUGGAUUAAGAGAUUGUGGUUUGGGAGGCUGCAGCGUGGCCCGUGGUCUGCGCCGCACAUCCCUCUGUCACCACCAGAAAAAGCCUUACCCAGGGAGGGAGGGGGCAGCAGCCACAGCCCCCACAGCACUGCAGAGCUCCUGGGGCUGGGGGACUGCGACCCAGUUCCACACAGAGCAGCCUUGGUGCCCCUGUGCAGCUCCGGGAGAGAACAGAGAUUUCUGAGGCAGCUGCCUGACCUAUUUUCCAGCCGCCUGCCAGGGGCCAGGCGGGGAUUCACCCAGAUGGAGCUGCCUGCAGGUGCCUGGGGCUCAACGCAUUGCUCUGGGGCUGUGUGCCUUGUUCUGGGCACUCUGUGCACAGCUCCAAGGGCUCUGCAUUGCUCCAGGGUCUCCAUCCACUGCUCUGAGGGCUCUGCAUUGCUCUGGGGCUCUGUACAGUGCUCCAGGGGCUCCGUACACUGUUCCACAGGCUCUGUGCGUUGCUCCAGGAGCUCUGUACGCUGCUUCCAGGGCCUUUGCACAUUGUCAUCUCGCAGUUUCUCUUAAGAACUGCUGGUGCUGCCGAGGCUGCUGCCCUCUCCUGUCCGGCCACUCGCUGCCCGCAGCAGCUGCUGCAUCACUGCCACGUCGCAGCCUCCGUCAGCAUCUCCGCGACAGCCGCUCACUGCCGGUGUCCCCGGACACACCAGCAUCAGCCAGGGCCCAGCAGGCCCACUACCCAUGGCCUUUUGCUCCUGCAGCACCCGGCCAGCCCCCGGGGGACCCUCGUCACCCAGCUGGGUGCUGCCCACCCUCACCAGCAGCCAGGGCCAGGCUGUGUCCCUGCCUGCCACAGAGGAGUUGGGUCCAGCACUGCCACGGGCAAUCUCCUGCUGUACAUAGAUAUUUUCGGGGUGGUUUUUAGCAUUUUCAUGGAUAAUCGGGGUUUUGGUUUGGUUUGUUUUUUUUAAAAGACUCUCUACUUUUUGGAAUGUGGUUUCUCAUUUUUAAAACUGCCUUUUAAUUAUUUGUAAUAUUGGUCAGUUCUGUCUUACUCUGUAAAUAGCGGUGCUGGGCAUUUCCCAGAGGGGGUGAGAUGAGGCCGGCAAGGAAUUUGUGGGGAAAAUUUGCUUAAGGUGUGGAGGUGACUGAUUCUGCUUCAGCUCCUCCAUGGAUUCUGCCCCUGUCCACAUGCCAGUGCCCAGCCUGGGGUGAAACCUGAGGUGUUUUGGGUAAAGCCGUUUGCCCCUGCCCUGUCCUCCUGCUUCCUCUCACCAGCCCAUGCCAAGGUCGCAUGAAGGGCACCUCCUGCCCCGAUGACAGGCUCUCUGCCCACCCCAUCCUGCACCCCUGUGUCAUGCCUGCUUGUUGUGUGAUGAAUAAAGGCCCUGCAACCCCUCA